UAGCUGCACCAUUUUCAUACCACAAUGACACAGAUCAACCAAAAUGCGAUCGUCUGAUCCGAAUCUCGAGAUCGUUGCAUUUCAAUUCAUAUUGCUCUAGCUUCUGAUUUUGAUCCAUUUACGCAGUUGAUCGAUUCACAGAGAUCAUCGCAUUGCAAUUCAUCCAUUUAGUCAGUUGAUCAGCGACAUGACUGAGGUUGAGGCGAAUAAUGGAUCGAAAAAUGUGGUGGAUUUGGGGUUUGAUGUUGGCGAAUUGACACUGGAAGAUGAUGCAGCCAGUGAUGAUGAUGUGGCACUGGAGGGGCUGGAGGAAGAGCUACAAGAUUAUAAAACUGAUAAUGUAGUCACCAUGAUACUGUCGAAAGGCACAUCUUUGCGAAAUUACACCAAGGAUGUCGAGCACAAUCUAAGGCGGAUAGAGCUCGACUCUAUUCAGGAAUAUAUCAAAGAUAGUGACAAUCUAAUCUCACUUCAUGAACAAAUUCAUGAUUGUAAUACCAUCCUAUUGCAAAUGGAGAAGCUUUUAAGUGGAUUUCAAGCUGAGAUAGGUUCAAUAAGUUCAGAUAUAAAGGUUCUUCAAGAAAGGUCUUUGGAUAUGGGGCUAAAGCUGAAGAAUCGCAAGGCAGCUGAAUCAAAACUGUCUAAAUUUGUCGAGGACAUCAUUGUGCCACCAAGGAUGAUAGAAAUAAUAGUCGAUGGAGAGGUGAAUGAGGAAUACUUGAAAACGCUUGAGAUUCUUAGUAGGAAGCUACAGUUUGUUGGAAGUGAUGCCAUGUUGAAGACUUCCAAAGUGAUAACUAAUGUUCAGCCUGAAGUUGAGAAGCUUCACCAAAAAGCAGUUGCUAAGGUAUUUGACUUCAUCAUUCAGAAGCUAAACGCACUGAGGAGGCCCAAGACUAAUGUUCAAAUCCUUCAACAAAGUGUUCUUCUGAAAUACAAAUAUGUAAUAAUGUUUCUCAAGGAGCACAACAAAGAGGUAUUUGUUGACAUCCGUGCUGCAUACAUUGACACCAUGAAUAAGGUUUUAGGUAAAAACGUCCAAGCUUAUAUUCAUGCCUUAGAGAAGUUGCAACUGGACAUAGCAACAGCUGCUGAUUUGAUCGGUGUUGAAACCAGAAGUACUAGUCUAUUCUUGAGAGGGGAACCUUUAAAGAACCGCUCUGCUGUUUUUGCUUUGGGAGAUAGGAUAAAGAUUCUUAAGGAAAUUGAUGACCCUGCAUUGAUUCCUCAUAUUGCUGAAGCCAGCUCUAAAAAGUAUCCUUACGAAGUCCUAUUCAGGAGCUUGCAUAAGCUGCUUAUGGAUACUGCUGCUUCCGAAUAUCUUUUCUGCGACGAAUUCUUCAGAGAACAGUCUAUGUUUUAUGACAUAUUUGCAGGCCCCUUUACAGUAAUUGAUGAACACCUGAAUACAGUUCUACCAAAUUUUUAUGAUGCAAUUGGUCUGAUGCUCAUGAUUCGCAUUAUACACCAGAUUCAGCUUAUAAUGUCUCGGAAGCGGCUACCGUGUCUAGAUUCGCACUUGGAUAAGGUUAACAUCUCUCUGUGGCCGCGAUUUAAGAUGGUAUUUGACAUGCACCUCAGCAGCCUACGCAAUGCCAAUAUCCGGACACUGUGGGAAGACGAUGUUCGUCCACAUUAUGUCAUGAGACGCUAUGCAGAAUUCACUGCAUCUCUAAUUCAGCUUAAUGUUGACUAUGGCGACUGUCAGCUUGAACACAACUUGGAAAGACUGUGGCUGGCUGCAGAUGAUUUGCUUGUCAAGCUUGCUGCAUUGUUCCAGAAACCAAAGCAACAGACCGUGUUCGUCAUAAAUAACUACGACAUGACAAUUUCUGUACUCAAGGAAGCUGGUCCCGAGGGGGGUAGAAUCCAUAUGCACCUCGAAGAGCUGCUCAAGAGCAAUACGGCCAUUUAUGUGGAGCUGCUACUACAGGAACACUUCAGCAGCCUGAUCAAGUUUGUCAAAACUAGAGCCUGCGAGGACCCGAGCUUGGGUCCGAGGCGCCCAAUCAGCGUGGCAGAGGUCGAGCCUAUAGUAAAGGACUUUGCGAGCAGAUGGAAAGCCGCGAUAGAGCUAAUGCACAGCGACGUCAUUACGUCUUUCAGCAACUUCUUGUGUGGCAUGGAGAUUCUCAGAGCUACAUUGACUCAGCUAUUGCUUUACUACACAAGGCUCUCAGAUUGCAUGAAGAACAUUCCUGGUGGUUCUGCUCCAAACAAAGAUUUGAUUUCUAUAUCAUCAAUUAUGUAUGAAAUUAGGAAAUUUUCAAGAACAUUUUAAUAGAUGAAAGGGUAUCAAACAACCAUCAUUGUUUCA